AUGUCAGAAUUGAAUUCCCAUACAGGUACUGCUAGUAGCCUAUUAACAGCCUUAUUUUACAACUUGAAUAUGUUGAAAAACCUCCCCAACUCGCGACAUCGCUCGGGCUCCGAAGCAGAGCUGACGGCCCUUGUUCAUUCCUUCCCCGGGCGACUAAAGGAAAAGCGAGCGGACGGCAAUUGGAUCUAUAUGUGUUUCCUACAGAGCGUGCCUCCAUCAUACGAAUGGUUUUGCAUCAACCCGACGUGUGCCGUCCCGAAGGAGGCGCAUAGUAGCAAGUAUUAUUGCAUCACCAUCCGGCCACCAAUGUUUGGCCCCUCACACUGCGUACCAAAUUACUUUCACGUGCCUUGCUUCGUAAAGCUUGCCGCCCUGACUUAUCUGCCAAACCUUCAUCGGCUGUGGCCACUCAACCGGCUCACAUAUUCCCGAGCAGACAUGCAACUGACCGAGGCAACAAGGGAAGUGUUCCUCGACAUCGGCGCGGAGCAACUUUUGCAAGAACUGAAGUGGAGGUACUACAGUCUGUGCCAGCUCGGUGAGGAAAGAGACACGGGGUUUAUGCGGCCCCAUGAAGUCUUUCAACGAUUUCUGCCUGGUAUCAUGUACGAUCAAGACAUAACAACUCAGGGAUUGUCUACUGCAACAGAUCGAAAGAUUGCAGGGCACCAAUCUAAAAAUGCCGAUCACGAUCGUUGGAAUAUCGUCGACCACUACCUCCCUGAUAUCAGCUUUGACAGCGACCUUAAGUUUGGAGCUAUCUUUGAGCGCUGGGAAGAAUAUGCGAGUAACCGCCGCACCUCUUUAUUGUAUCAUCCACCGGACUCUCCUGACGACAAUUAUAUCAAUUGGACUCGUGUGAACAGGGCAUACCACCCGGAGGCACCCCUACCUUUGGGAAUGAUAGAGUGGUCUCGUACAGAGUCGAUCCGACGAGAUGAGGAACAAGCACAGCAAGAAGCAAAGCAACAAGCACAGACAAUUGUUUUAGAUUAG